CAUUCAAUUAGGUUGGGUUCACUGACAAGAAUGAAACUCACCCCGGCCAUUCUGGCCUCCCGCCACCCCGGGAGUGCCUUAUCUGACUUGGUCAAUGCAAAUUGCUCUGAUCUCGGCAUAUCGCACAUUGAAGACAUUUCCGCUGCUGUGAACCUGCACAAGCUGGAUCUCAGCAAAAAUGCUAUAAAAAAGGCGGAUGCCUUGAGUGGUAUCAAGUAUAACAAGGAAAUAACGUGGUUGAACUUGUCCGGAAACUCUUUGGAAAGUAUGGAGGGCGUCGAACAUUUGCAAAGGCUGCUAGUGUUGAAUAUGAGCCAUAACGAAGUCAACCGUAUUUCGCACCAUGUUGCAAACUGCAAAUUGCUGAAAGCUCUCAUUCUUAAUCACAACAAAAUCGCCCGCCUUGAGUACCUUGCCAACCUGACUCAGCUGAACACCCUCGUCGUCUCCCAUAAUAAACUUACGAAUUUGGAUGGCCUUGGUUCCCUUCCCAACCUGACAAAACUCUCUGCGGCUCAUAAUGAGAUUCGAACCUUUCCUGAUCUGCGCAUGGUUCCUUCCCUAAAGGAACUGCGGCUCACCGAUAACAAAAUUCUCUCAAUCCCAGAUCACAUCAGAUUCCUUCCUGCGUUAGAAAUCCUGGAUAUGGGGAACAACCUUAUGCGCUCCAUUGCGGAUGUUGCCAGUCUUGCAUCGUUACAUGCCAUAAUCAAUUUGAAUCUGAAGGGCAAUCCGUUGGUGGAAAAGGAGAAAGGCGUGUCAGAGGCCGCGAGUGGCAAAUAUCGUAAAACACUGCUGACUCUCUGCCCAACGUUACGGGUGCUCGAUACAGAGAGAUUUGAUGAAAAGUUUUUGGAAAGAAAAACCAAGCGGAAAGCUUUCAUGGAGAAAAGGCAACGAAAAUUGGAACGAGAGAAAGCGAAUGAGAAGGAGGAGGAUGGUACUGGACCAAGAGCGGAAUUGCCACAGAGGACGCGAAGCAAAAAUAUCGGCGAUACCCAUAUUCCUGCUAGUAGGCCAGAAAGGCAAGAGGGGCAGACAAUGCUAGAAAAUAAUGUAAAGCGAAAACGGGAGGAUCAUGAUGUAAAGCAUCAGAAAGAGGAGCGGCCGACGAGCGGUAAGGUGAACAGCGCCAAGCGCGCUAGGCAUUCAGAGGCAACGAAUGAUCAACUGCACGGCGGUGCAGCCAACGGGAUGGGAUCUUCGGGGAAGUCAAAGGGUUCAAAGCCGCGGGAUAGACUGGGUAAUCAUACUCUUUCCGCAAGUGACCGACGAAAGGAAAAGGUCGCACCUACCCAUAAUGAACAAGUAAAUGAAGUAGAUCCAUUCUUCCUCGUCGAGGAGGCUGAAUCUGCGGUCUCCAGUAAAGCGUCAAGCAAGAACCCCCGACGCGGUACUGGUGGGAAGACUGAUGGAAAAUCAACCAGUAAGCCGAUACUAAACGGCGCCACUGCUCCGAAGAAGGUAUCGGCAGCUACUAAGGAACCGGCACAUAAAAGCCAGCACCCUCCCGCAAAGAAGUCUUCCAGUACGCAACCCCCUUACAAGACUACAACAGUUGAACGAAUAUCUUCAGAAUCGUCUUCGGAAAAGGUCGCACCAUCAGCCGCACCGACUGCAGCAUCAGCUGCAUUGUUUGACGCGGCUACCCCUUUUACACCCCCAGCACCUGUUGUGGAGUCCACAAAUGCACGAUCAGGGGUUAUUGCUGUUGUGGAGGUUAAAGGCCGGAAGCCAAAAGGUAUCCUGGAACCUUCAGCGGCUGUUGAACAUAGCAGAACGGGUGACAAAGUAGAGAGUGCUGGGCUUCUCGUAGGCGGGUGGGAUUAAUAUCUUUAUUUGUAGCACUGAAACCGUACAUGUUGUAUAGUUGACGCUCGUAAUGUCUUGUACGUCGAGUAUUUCAGUAUUUGCAUUGUAUAUUUUGCACACAAGGGUCUUUUAAAUAAUGAAUCGAAAUCCCUAUGAACGCUUAAUGAACGACUAGACUUAUGCGGAUGCUAUCUACUUCUUUCUUGGUAUUUCUCCAUCCUUACUCAGC